CUGUUGAGCAUCUUGUAUUGUCCGAGUGUCUUCUGGUAGCUGUGAUUCGGCUACAGAAGCAGAGUUGCUUAGUUUAGCAUCUGAACUGUGAGCUGAUUUGGAGGGGGAAAGCACCAACCCGAGGUUUCAACCCUUUCAGAGUCCCAUUUACGGUCGGGGUCGUCUCCUCCCUACGGUGUUUGGGAGCUGGCUGUCCAGCGGGGUCUACAAAAAGUUUUACAGCACGAAGCAACAAUGCAAUAAGACAUAAACCAAUAAAUCUGCUGAACAAAGGAGGAAAAGACAGUUGGGGUCCCCCGCACCCCCCUCCCCCCAAAAAGACCUCGGGCAGAAAUGGGCAAGGGAAGAACUUUCAGCAAACAAAGAAUCGCCCAGAAGGAGCUAUAAAACUAAUGUUCCCAAAUGAAAUCGGCUAGCUCUAAUUGGAAGAAAAGCAACCUUUCUAGGAAGGCAAACAAAUCUGGACACUGAACUUUGCAGGCUCGGGAGAAGCCCGAUAUUUCCGAGGGUGCGGUGCCACAGGGAGUCCCAGCUGCAGUUCCGUAAGACCGGGGUGCUGUUGGUUCCUCCCCCCUUUUAAUAUCAGUAAGAGGGGGGCAGUUUUUAUGAGGUGGUACAUUGGCCUGAGCUUUCCGCAUUUCCAAGUGGCUCAUCGGCUUGGUCCAGACGGUCCCUUAUCUCUGCUACCUUUGUCAUUUACUUUCGAAUUUCUGAGCCCAGGGAAAUAAAGGCUACAGACCGAGCUGCCCUGAAAUGCUUCCAUUCUGGCUCUCCUUGAAUUUGUUCUUAUCUGAGCAGGAUUCUCAAAGCAGGUCUGUCAAGCUAUCUCUGCAUCGCCCCAUCUUUGCUUCUGCAUUUUCGGGGAACCAAGCCUGGGCACAGGCGUAUGCAGCAAGAAACCCCCUUUCUUUCAGGGCUUGCCAGACCGGGAAGCUGGAAUACGAAGAUUUUCUCUGAGCUUAGUCCUUAAAGCGACUGAAAUAGCUAUCUAGGAAAGUCAUAUUUACUUGUGAGGGGACUAUAAAAUUGUACGGAAUUUGACCUCGCCUCGGAAAACUACAACACAAAAGCUAUCUUUACUAGAUGUUUGUCAUUUAAAAUCGGCAGGGUAGUGUCCCUUAUGCGCCUGCAGAAAAGAGGUGUGAUUGCAGCUGCUGGGGUGAGGGGGAGAUUUAUUUAUCCGAUUGGUUCAAUGUGCAUCACCCUAAAAAAAUAAGGUGAUUUUGGGUUUUUUGCAGAAUUCUGACCUGACAGCAGGACAAAAACCAACCAACCAACCAAACAAACAAACAAAAAAAAAACAAAAAAAGCAACCCACACCAACAAUUAGAGGGGAAGAAAGGAAAAAGAAAAGCAAGUGAAUGCAAAAUAAUGAAAGUAAACAAUUUCCCCCAGUCUUUUGCAUUAUCGCUAGUUUUGUGAUCUGCAGCCGAUAGUCCUUACAACUGGUACAUACUAAUGGAACGGCGAGGGAAAUGCAAUAAUUUUGCUAUAAUGGGCUGUAACCUCAAUUCGACCCCAGCCCUGCAGACCCUGGUCGGCAGGGUGAAGAUCUAGUUUGUCUCCAGAGGGUGGCGCAAGAGUCCGACUGAAAGCCGGGAGCUGGUGGCGGGAACGCGCCCGGGGAGCGCGCGCCGAGCCUCCAGCAUCCACCCAACUCCCCCAUUAGUGCACGAGUUUACCUCUAGAGGUCAUCAGGCAGGAUUUACGACUGGACAACAAAAGCACGUGAUUUGAAGUCGUACCCCAUAUUUGGGUGCCUACGUAGGAGGGAACCAAGUACAUGUCCCAGUCAUUUCCAUAAUUCAUCAUAAAUUGUGCAAGGGUGCUAUAGACGCACCAAACGACCAAGAGCCACAAAUCAAGCACACAUAUCAAAAAACAAAUGAGCUCUUAUUUUGUAAACUCAUUUUGCGGUCGCUAUCCAAAUGGCCCGGACUACCAGUUACAUAAUUAUGGAGAUCACAGUUCCGUGAGCGAGCAAUACAGGGAUUCAGCGAGCAUGCAUCCCAGCAGGUACGGCUAUGGUUACAAUGGCAUGGAUCUCAGCGUUGGGCGCUCAGCUUCCAGCCACUUUGGUGCCAAUGAGAGAGCCCGCAGUUACCCCGCCAGUGCCACCUCGGCGUCCACGGAGCCCAGGUAUAACCAACCUGCCACGUCGUCUCACUCGCCUCCACCUGACCCUCUGCCCUGCACCGCCGUGGCCGCUUCGCCUGUCAGCGAGAGUCAUCACGGGGUGAAAAACUCGCUAGCUAACUCCACGAGCACAUCGUCCAAUUCCAGCAGCACUCACAUAAGCAGAGAGGGGGUUGGCACCUCGUCUGGGACUGAGGAUGACACCCCGGCGAGCAGCGAGCAGGCGAGUGCCCAGAGCGACCAAAGUCCAGCCCAGCCAGCCCAGCCACAGAUCUACCCCUGGAUGAGGAAGCUGCACAUAAGUCAUGACAACAUAGGAGGACCAGAAGGCAAAAGGGCUCGGACUGCAUACACCCGCUACCAGACCCUAGAGUUGGAAAAGGAAUUCCACUUCAAUAGAUACCUGACCCGCAGAAGAAGAAUUGAAAUAGCACAUGCUCUUUGCCUCUCGGAGAGACAAAUUAAGAUCUGGUUCCAAAACAGGAGAAUGAAAUGGAAAAAAGAUAAUAAGCUUAAAAGUAUGAGUAUGGCCGCGGCGGGAGGGGCUUUUCGCCCCUAAUAAUCCGAGAGUUUAAAAGUACUGAGCAGUAUUAGUGGAACCUGCGCCUAGUGUCAGUACUAAAGGAAAAAAAACCUGACUGGAAACAAAAAAUAAACUUUCUAUUGUAAGUUCUCGUGAGCUGGUUUGUACCAAAUGGCUACAUGUGGCACCUGGUCAUUCAAAUGGUCAAUUUUAGGGGCAGAAGUGCCCAAACCACGAAUUCUCAAAAGUCUCUGAAAAAUGGCUCCUAGCAAGUUAAGCAAUUCUGAAAGGCAUUCUCCUGGAAAAGUCUGUGGAGGAGCAAAGGAUGUCCCCGGAAAAAAUGUGGUCAUAUAUAAAGAUGGAAAAUCUUGAUUGUCUCCAAAAAAA